UAAUGCUGUAACUUACCCUACCUGCCCAGGUAUGAAUCAACGAAACCUCUGCAGAUUCAUCAUUGGCGCGUAGACCUAAACACCUCCGCCAUCUCCUCAUCGGAAACAAUCGGGGCUCACAAGGUCAGAGGCGUCAAACAGAAUGCCGAAUACGGCGGCCAAGAACUUUGACUUGCGUUCUGCAACAUGUGAGGACGCAACGCGGAUCGCGGAGAUCCACAUGGCAGCUUUCAAGGAUAAUGCUAUGCUCCAUGCCCAGUUCCCAACCCCAGCCAUCCGCAAGUUGCUGCAGACUUGCAGUGAGGACAAAGCUCUUGCCGACAUCAACGACCCGAAGAUUACUGUACUCGUGGUAACGACAACGGACAGCAAUGACGAAGAGGUUGUCAUUGCGUUUGCAAAAUGGUCAUACCCUAUCUUUCCUGGUGAUGACUAUGUCGAGUCGCCUUGGAUAUGGCCUGACGGGACUGAUCUCGACACCCUCAGAGCGUGGACCGCCAAGGCUGAGGAGGCAGAGAGCCGUUCUGUGGGAGAGACUCCUUGCUACCGUCUUACCUUCAUCGGUACUGAUCCUGUCUACAGCCGUCGUGGUGCAGGCCAAAUUUUGGUGCAAUGGGGCAUACAGCAGUCCAAGGCAAGAGGUUUGCCAUUGUACCUCGAAAGCACGGUGGAAGCAGCCCCAUUCUACAAGAAACACGAAUUCUCUACCAGAGAGAGUAUCCUCCUCCCGAUAUGUGUUGAUGGCGGUGAGAAGACGCAGAUUUAUGAAGAAAUUGUCUUCACAUACGGCCGAGUGUAGAAGGGCCUGGGCCUAUGUACUUGUGGUGCUGCCACUAGAGAUCAUAAUCCUUUUGGGGAUCAUUAAUCAAUGAAUACAGAUCCGAAAUCAGACCGAGAUACCAAGUCUCGUUUCUGUUCCAUACGAGUGUGAAGCCAUACAUGGCGCCUUAUAUGAUGGUAACUACCGAGUUUAAACCAGGCAUAUAAUGAUAUGAUACCGAAUAGCAUACUUCGAA